GUGUGCGCUCAGGAUGCGGUGAGUUUGCGGCGACGAUGUGACGAGUCUGCGUUGAUGGUGAUCAUGGUGAUGAUGAUGAUGAUGAUGAUGCGAUGAGGAGGACCGAUGGACCGUCCCUAUGGGAUGUGUGAACUGGAAGCCCUCGCGCUCUUCGGGAAGUCGCGCUUGACGUGAAGAUGCGGGGUCUGCAAUUCGUGGCUGCGCUCGUGCUCCUCUGUCCGCCUCCCGCCAGUGGAAGACACCCAAAAUGUACCUUCCUGCUGGAGCUGGAGAUGGAGAAGCAGGAGUGCCUGAAGAAGCUCGGGGAACGGGAGCCGCCGUCCUCCAAAGGAUGCCGGGGGAUCUGGGACAACAUCUCUUGCUGGGACCACGCUGAGGUGGGGGACACCGUCACCAUCGCCUGUCCGCAAGUGCUCCGAAGCCUCUUUGGAAGAAACGGAAACAUCAGCAAGAACUGCACGGCGGACGGCUGGUCUAAGGUUUUUCCCAACAUCACCAGUGUCUGCGGCUCAGAGGACAAGCAGGAGAAGCUCAUCUUCUACUUGGUGGUGAAGACCCUCUACACACUUGGGCACAGCCUGUCCCUGGUUGCACUCACGACAGGAAGUGCCAUUCUUUGCAUGUUCAGGAAGCUCCACUGCACCCGGAACUACAUCCACCUGAACCUGUUCUUCUCCUUCAUACUGAGGGCUGUGGCCGUGCUGGUGAAAGACGGGGUUCUCUUUUCCCACAAUUCCCAGUGCUCGGAGCAGCCCUCCCUGCUGGGCUGCAGGGCGAGUAUCGUCCUCUUCCACUACUUCAUCAUGGCCAACUUUUUCUGGCUCCUCGUGGAAGGGCUCUACCUCCACACGCUCCUGGCAGCUAUCUUCUCAGAGAACAAGCACUUCGUGGUCUACCUGCUCAUCGGCUGGGGAUUCCCCACAGUGUUUGUGUUUGCAUGGAUUCUAACGAGAAUUUACCUGGAGAAUACAGGAUGUUGGGAGGUCAGUGAGCACACCAUCCCAUUCUGGGUGAUCAAUGGGCCAAUCGUGGUUUCCAUCAUGGUGAACUUUGUCAUCUUCAUCAGCAUCAUCCGCAUCCUGGUGCAGAAACUGCGCUGCCCCAACCUGGGAGGGAACAACCCGUCCCAGUACAAGAGACUGGCCAAGUCCACGCUGCUGCUCAUCCCUCUGUUCGGCGUGAACUACGUGGUGUUCGUGUCACUCGCCAAGUCCAUGUCCGACUACAAAAUAUUCUUUGAUCUUGCGAUCGGAUCCUUUCAGGGCUUUGUUGUCGCAAUACUUUACUGUUUCCUCAACAGCGAGGUACAGGGUGAGAUUAAGAGGAAGUGGGGCAGCGCGAGCGCCAACUGCCGGGCGGGACGAGACUACGGCUUCCGCGGCUCAUGCGUGUCCCAAAGUGGCCCCGAGAGCGGACAGGGCUUCGAGCGCCAUUCGCGGGCUCAGUCCUUCCUGCAGACUGAGACCUCGGUGCUCUGACCGUUUGACCGGAGCUUUACGGGAGCGUUCGAAAUGCAGAGCUCUGCACAUUUACCGGUGCUUUGUGCACGAGGACAAUGUGCAUAUGUUUGGUCCCAAAGUAAUCCGUGUAUUGUUUAAUAUUUUGACCGUGUUUAUUUAUCUGCAGCUCUGAUUACAUGAUUGAACUGUGUAAACCAGCAUGGCAUGAUUCCACUUCUGUUCCACUAUAAAUAUUGCCAUUGUGGUACCUGUCAGUUAUUCUGCUACCUGUUCCUCAUUCCUGGUACCUAUUCCUCACCCUGAUGCCUGUCAGUUACCCCGGAACCUGUUACGUACCCUGGUCCCCAUUCCUCACCCUGGUACCUGUCAGUUACCGUGGAACUUGCUCCUUAGGGUGGUACAUGUCAUGUACCCUGGUAUCUGCCAGUUAUCCAUGUCCGAAUUUCUCUCCCCCGACAUGUAGAGACUGAUCACAGACUCUCUGCGGUGACAAAAUGGGCCGUACUUCUCAGAGGCCUUUUUUUUAACGCUUCGGCUUCGACACACAAAGAAUUUCCGUCCGCCUCUUUAGAUGGUGUAAAAAGCUGUAAAUGUGUUUUUAAAAAAGACAGAAUGAAUGUCACCUUUUAAAUGACUGACGCAAGAUCAGCCUCCUCUAAGUAUCGUAGCUUGCGAAUGUCAUUCAUUUCGACAUGCAGCACAUUGUCUUCUUUUUCGUAAGUGCCGGACAGUUCCUUGUAUUUACCGUCUUUAUGUACGACAGGCUUCUGUCUGGAGUGACAAGCAGGGGAUGUGAUUUUUUUAUCAGUCGUAAUGAUCACAAGCUCUUAUUAGAUGUCAUUUUUUUCCCCUGUAAAGGGAAGUACAGUCCAAAUAUUACAGAAAGAACUUACAUUCCGUGACGCUUCCAUUCAGUGACUGCCUGUGUGGUUAUCUUGAGUGAACUGAAAUGUGAAAAAGUCAUCAGUGCCUAUAUGUUGCAAUGAUUCUUCACUUUGGGCUUCUGUUGUAUUAAUGUUUUUUCUUCCUGAUAAGCAAAGUGAUGAGCUGUAAAAGUUGAAGGCAGUUUCAGUUCCAGUAAGUCCGAGUGCCGUGGCGUUAUUUCUCAAAAUGCAUUUUUGUUCUUUCUAUUCGCGCUUCCAUGUGAAAUGUUAAUCCGCUUCAGUAUAA